AUGCUGAGCCUUUGUGUGUGGUGGUGCCUAAGGAAAGAUCUGUGUCCAGAGAAUAAAAAGAUUUGGGAAAGUGAAGAGGAUUUUGAUGAUUUGCCAAUAGCAAGCUUGACCAAGCGUAGACGAAUAGUUGCUCAAGAGUCUACUCCUAAGCGGCCCACUACAAGGUUGCAAAGGAAAGAGGCUCUUGAGUCUGCUCUUAAGAAGAGCCAAGCUAAGUCAAGGAGAAGAAAGUUGGUGAAAGAUGGGAAAGCUGUGAGUAAGAAGUCAGUGCCUGUUAUGAAUGUGGAUGAGGACGAAGCCGAUGAACCUGGUUCCUUGACUAGAAAGCUCUCACAGAAGCAUGGUCUCUCCAAGCCAAAAAGGGUAUUUUUUGUGUCUGCUGAAAAUCUAAACAAGUCUGAUGCUUUUGUGUCUAGUGAAAAUGUAGUGAAAGAAUCUGGUGAUAAGUGUGUGGAAGAGUUUGGUGCCAGUGUGAUGGAAGAAUUGGGUGAAAAGUCUAUGAAGUCUGAUGAAAAAGAGAAGAAUGUUCGCAAGUCUGCUAAAAGAAAAGCCGAUACUUAUGAGGAACCUGGUUCCUCCAAGAAGGCCAGAGUUGGUGAACCAAGGAGUGCUGGGAAAGAGAGACUGAGGAGCCAAAAUGUGCUACGGGGCCGCACAUUUGCCCCUGAUAUCUUGGAGGAGGCUGGUAUGAGACAGCUGGUUGAGAUCUGUGAGUUCCAACAGUGCACACAUUUGUUCACAAGUGAUUCUCCAAAGGUGUAUGAGGAGGAAGAUCAAAGUUUCUAUGCCGACUUAUUCAAAGUUGAGGAUGAUCACAUCUGUGUGUUGGUAAAUGAAGUUGAUAUGGACAAAGCAGUUCAGCAAGGGGAACGGUUUCAGAAGAAGGCCCUCCUUCCAUUGUAUCAACUACUCUUUGAGAUUGUCUUUAAGCACUUAAAGGUUCCUCUAGGACAAGUUAAAGUGGGCACCAAGAAGCAAACUUUCUCCAAAGCUACUCUUGAAGAAUGUGAGUGUAUAGAGAAAGUUAGAAGGGUUGGAAGCACUUCUACCAUAUCUCAGUUGAUCAAUGCUCAGAACAGUGCUACUACUGAGAUAAGACAAUUUAAAGCAAGGAAUGCUAUCCUUGAGACUCAGUUAAGUCAGCUGCAGGAGGCACCUGGUUCCAGUAGCUCUCAAAGUGAAGAGGUUGAACGUCUGACAAAAGAGAAUGCUGAGCUCAGGAAACAAGUGGAGGACCUGAAAGAGAGACUACUCAACGAGCAAAUGUCAGCGAAUGCUCGAAUGGAUUUAGUCCUCCAAACCCUUUCCUCUGCCUCUAAGCCUUCUCCUUCCAGUGCUCCCUAG